AUGGGAGACGUAAUUAUUUCUGUAACUGAAGCAAAACGAGAAGAUAUUAACCAAGGCGUUGCCCAAAGCAGUGUCCAAGCACAUGCAUCUCUGCAAUGCAAUCGUAAAAAACGUACUUAUGAUAAUGCUGAUUUGUAUGAAGGUGCAAUGUACUGCAUUGUCUCAACGGAUAUGAUU